UCAUUCCUUCAAUCCUUAUAAAAGAUCCACGAAGAGGUGAGGCGCUCCUCCGCUUAGCCAGUGUCCAGUCUGGAACGUGCUUGUUUCCUCAGUCCCACUCUCUGCAAAAGUAUGUCUUCCUAUCGGGUAUCCAGCGGCUCAGCCUCUUACAGGAGGUCAUAUGGGGGUUCAACCCUGUCACCUAUCUCCAGGCUGUCCAGCUCCGGGAGGCUGCUCGCGUCUCCUGCAUCAAGGAGCACCGGGUACCGGCAUCGCUCCAGCACCCCUGCGACGCCCAGGCUGUCUUACGAGAAGGUAGAUUUCUCAGUGGCCGACGCCCUGAACCAGGAGUUCCUGACCACUCGCACCAACGAGAAGGUGGAGCUGCAGGAGCUGAACGACCGCUUCGCCAACUUCAUCGACAGGGUGAGGUUCCUGGAGCAGCAGAACGCCGUGCUGGCGGCGGAGCUCAACCAGCUCCGGUCCAAAGAGCCCAGCAGGGCCGGGGACCUCUACCUGCAGGAGAUCCGGGAGCUGAAGAGGCAGCUGGAGCUGGUGGGGAAAGACAGGGACCGGAUCCAGGUGGAGAAGGAGAACUUAGCUGAAGAUCUGCAAAACUUAAGGCAAAGGUUGGAAGAGGAAGCGCAGAAGAGGGACGAUGCUGAAAAUAAUCUGGUUCUGUUCAGGAAGGAUGUUGAUGAUGCGACCUUGGCCAGGCUGGAGCUGGAGAGGAAGGUGGAAUCUUUAUUGGAUGAAAUUGAAUUUCUCAAGAAGUUACAUGACGAGGAGCUGCGGGAGCUCCAGGUGAACCUGCAGGCCUCCCAGGUGCAGGUUGAGAUGGAAGUGUCAAAGCCAGACCUGACAGCGGCUCUGAAGGAGAUCCGCACACAGUACGAGACCAUCGCCACCAAGAACGUGCAAGAGGCCGAGGAAUGGUACAAAUCCAAGUUUUCGGACCUGACAGAUGCCGCAAACCGGAGUAACGAGACCCUCAGGCAGACGAAGCAGGACCUGAAUGAGUCACGACGACAGAUCCAGGCCCUGACCUGUGAUCUGGAUGCUCUGAGAGGGACCAAUGAUUCUCUGUUACGUCAACUCCGUGAGAUGGAGGAGCAGUUCUCUGCUGAGUCCGUAGGUUACCAGGACACCAUCAGUCGCCUGGAGCAGGAGAUUCACCACAUGAAGGAUGAGAUGGCGAGACAUCUGAGAGAGUAUCAGGAUCUGCUCAAUGUCAAGAUGGCCCUGGACAUUGAAAUUGCCACUUACAGGAAGCUACUGGAAGGGGAAGAGAGCAGGAUUGCAGUCCCAGUCCAGUCUUUUGCCUCACUCAGCUUUCGAGACUAUGAUCACAAUCUGCAAGACAUUCAAACCAGGAAGACUGUGUUAAUCAAAACUAUUGAGACUCAGGAUGGAGAGGUGGUGAAUGAGUCCAGGAAGGAGCAGCAGAAUGAUCGGGAUCAUUAAAGAGUUUGAGUCAAACGGAUGCAGAAGAGAAGACUUAUUUCCCCAUUUUCUCCUCCCAUCUAUUCCUGUUACCCACAGUUUAAAACUCAGAGCUGUAGAAAUGACCAGUUAAUACAUUGUAUUUGUUUUAUUGGACACUCACCUCGGCAGCAAGCACUCCCAAAGCUUGAUACAUGAAACUAGCCCUUCAGCCCACCGAGUCAGUGCCAACCACCUCUACUCAUUUACUCAUUUCUACCUCACUGAGUCAUAGAGCACAGAAACAGGCCUUUCAGCCCAUUCAAAUGCCAAACUUACCUAUCCCAUUGAUCGCCACAUGGACUAUGGCCCUGCAUAUGCUUCCCAUCCACGUACUUACCCAAAUUUCUCUUAAAUGUUGAAAUAAAAGAUCCCAUCUGAUUCGCUCUGUCUUUUCUAUUGUACACUGGAGACUGUUUAUCCUGAAUAUUACUAAUCCAAGUAUCUGGCUAUUUCUCCUUUCUUUCCGUCCUGAGGAAGGGUCUCAACCUAAAACAUCAAUUGUCCGUUCCCCUCCACAGAAGCUGCCUCACCCAUUGAGUUCCAAGUGUCUUUUAACUGAUGUUAUUGUUCCUGCCUCAACCACUUCCUUUGGCUGCUCAUUUCGCAUACACCUUUUGUGUGGGAGGAGGAAAAUUCCCCUCAAGUCCAUAUUAAUUUCCUCCUCCCUCAUCUAAAAUCUAUGCCCUCUAGUUCAUGAUUCCUUAACUUGAGGGGAAAAAAGACUGUCAGUGCCCCUCAUGAUGUUGCCUCAGCUUCAGAUUCAAAACAUACAAUGAAAAGUGUGCUGGAGCAGCCUGCAAGUAUUGCCCACAAUUCUCCAGCAGAACAAAACAACAAAAGCCAAACAAGCCACAAGCCCCAUUCUCACCCUCCCAUCACCCACUUCCUCACACACACAGGUAGGCCUUUAGCCCCAGGCCAAGCCUCUGGACUCUCAGACAUCAGGCCUCCAACCUUUAGUCUCUGGCCUGGACUUACAAAAGAUCAUACCUUCGAUUAUAGCUCUUUUAAGAUCACCUCUCAGUCUCCUGCACUUCAAGGAAUAAAGACUUAGCCUGUCUAACCUCUCUCGGUCUCUCAAGUACUGGCGACAUCAAUGUAAAUCUUUUCUGCACUCUUCUCAGUUAAUUAAUAUCUUUUCUGUAGCGGAAUAGCCAAAACUUGAACACACUAUUGCAAAUGUAGCCUCACCAACAUCUUGUGCAAUUGCACGGUGACCUCCAAACUUUUACACUUGAUUCCUUGACUGAUGAAGGCCAGCAUCGUCCUGUCUACCUGUGACUCCACUUUCUACGUGCUGUUGUGCACAGGAGUUACUGUAAACUCACCAUCUGCUGAGAGCCUUCCACAAGGCAUGCCAAUGUAACUCAAGUCAACUGUGAGGGCACAGGUACCAUCAUUGGCAUAUCUUGCAGUUGGUUCAAAUAGUGAUUGAGAGAUUUGGGACACCUGUUAGCACAGUUUGGCACUGUACUGUGUGCUGUUGGCGUCAGGGGGAAUGAUGUUGAGGUUUCGGAAGAGCGCAUUGUGCAACUGCACUGGGAUGCACCUCAUCAGGCACGGGUCUCUCAGACUGCAUACUUGGAUUUAGACCAAGAGGGGGUGACAUGCAUUACCAGUCCAGCAAUGUGUACAGUUACUGGGAUUCACACUGGAAUGUAGGCACAGAAAUUCAGACUCAAAGAUAUAGUGACCAUGAAAUAUUUACAUUGUGACUGAAGAGUUAGUGGCUGAAUUGGAGCCCACUGACAAACUGGUAAUUGGCUUAUCAUUUGUCACAUCUAAUGGGAUACAAUGAAAAUCUUUGUGUGCCAUCCGGACAGAUUUCCAUACAUCAGUACAUCGAGACAAUGAAGUAAUUGUAAGGUGAAAAGAUCUUUAUUGUAAAAGAGGUCUGUUCAUUCGUCUUAUAACAGCAGAACAGAAGUCAUCUUGUAUUUUCUUCCCAACGGGAUAGAGGAGAAUGUCCAGGGCAGCAAGGGUCCUGAUUUCUGAGAGUGGGAAGUGUAGGCAUGGUGAACGGAGGGGAGGCUGGUGUGUGUGGUUAAAGCAAAGGGAGUAUGAAAGAAAAGGCAAAAUAGGUUGGACUAGUAUCUUAACACUGUCUUCUGGGCAGAAUGGCCUGCUUCUGUGCUGCUAUUCCUUGACCAAGGUUCAGAAGUGAACCUGGGCAGCUUGGGUGGGGCUGCAGGGGUGUAACCCUGAGUGAACUUGGCUCAGAACUCCAGACAGAACAGUGGAAGGCAAGGAAAUGCCCUUAUUGAAACAAGCAUGCACUGAAGAUACAGUGAUACAAAUCUGGUCGUGCUUGUGGGCCCAAGUUACAAGAGCUGGUCAUUUCAAAUGAAUUUGUGAUAUUUCAAGCUUUAAGCACAUUAACCUGUUUCUGAUUCUCACUGGUGCCCCUUUCUCUCCUGAAGCUUUGCCUUUGCUAGAUUUCUGCUCCUGUUGCAAGCCACUGGCUCAGAAUACACUAAACAUACUGGUCGCAGAUCAAGCCUGCUAUUAGAUCUGCCCAUGUCCACCAAGGUUGCAAAGCAGCUCGAGUUGGAUCAUAAAGUGACAGUUUGUGAAAUAAAAGUGU